UGCCCCUUCAACAACACUGGGGAACAAUGGGGUUAUUCAGAAGUUUUGUCUUUCUCUUAAUGUUAUACCUGCUGCAGGGAUCCAAUACUUCCCUUGUUCGGCUGAAUAACAAUGGCUACGAGGGAAUUAUCAUUGCUAUAGACCCCGCUGUGCCAGAAAAUGAAAUGCUAAUUGAAAAGAUACAGAACAUGGUGAUUGAUGCAUCUACUUACCUGUUUGAAGCCACAGAAAAGAGAUUUUUUUUCAAAAAUGUAUCAAUAUUAAUUCCAGAGAACUGGAAGAACAUCAAUCAGUACAAGAGGCCAAAACAUGAAAGCUACACACAUGCUGAUGUUAGAGUUGCUCCACCUGCACUCCCAGGUAGAUAUGAACCAUAUACUAAGCAAUUCACAGCCUGUGAAGAAAAAGGAGAAUAUAUUCAUCUCACUCCCGACUUUGUACUUGGAAACAAGCAAAAUGAAUUUGGACCAUCAGGUAGACUGCUUGUCCACGAGUGGGCCCAUCUCCGCUGGGGAGUAUUUGAUGAGUACAACGAUGAUGAGCCUUUCUACAGGGCAAAGUCAAGGAAAAUUGAAGCAACAAGGUGUUCCACAGGUAUUACUGGCUUAAAUAGAGUAUAUGUGUGUGAAGGAGGCAGCUGUGUAUCAGAUAGGGAAUGCAGAAUUGAUUCCAAGACAAAUCUGUAUCAAAAAAAUUGUCAAUUCUUCCCUGAUAAAUAUCAAACUGAAGAGACAUCCAUAAUGUUUAUGCAAGGUAUUGAUUCUGUCACUAAAUUCUGUAAUGAAAAAAACCAUAACCGAGAAGCUCCAAGUCUACAAAACAAAAUGUGCGAUUAUAGAAGCACAUGGGAGGUGAUCAGCAAUUCUGAGGAUUUUAAAAACACAACGGCUAUGUCGGCACCACCCCCUCCACCUGUCUUCUCAUUGCUAAAGAUCAGUGAAAGAAUUGUGUGCUUAGUUCUUGAUAAGUCUGGAAGCAUGGCGACUUCUAAUCGUCUAAAUCGAAUGAACCAAGCGGCCCAACAUUUCCUGCUGCAGACUGUUGAAAAUGGAUCUUGGGUGGGGAUGGUACACUUUGAUAGUUCUGCUUCCAUCAGAAGUAAUCUAAUCCAAAUCAUAAGCAGCAAUGAAAGAAGAAAGCUCUUGGAAAGUUUACCUACAGUUGCUAGCGGAGGAACUUCCAUCUGCAGUGGAAUUGAAUCAGGAUUUCAGGCAAUUAGAAAUGCUUACUUUCAACUAGAUGGAUCUGAAAUAGUGCUGCUGACUGACGGGGAGGAUAACACUGUGAAGUCUUGUACUGAGAAAGUGAAACAAAGUGGGGCCAUCAUUCAUUUCAUUGCUCUUGGACCAAAUGCUGCUCUAGAAGUCAAAGAGAUGAGCACUGCAACAGGAGGAAAAUAUGUUUAUGCUUCAGACGAAGGCCAGAACAAUGGCCUUAUUGAUGCUUUUGCAGCCCUUGCAUCAGGGAACAUCGAUGCCUCCCAGCAAUCUAUUCAGCUUGAAAGUAAGGGAUUAAAACUCAACAGUAAUGACUGGAUGAAUGGCACUGUAAUAAUUGAUAGCACUGUGGGAAAGGACACAUUCUUUCUCAUCACAUGGAGCCAACAACUUCCCUCUAUUUCUCUCUUUGAUCCCAAUGGAAUGUCAAUGGAGAAUUUCACAGUGGAUUCAACUUCCAAAAUGGCCUAUCUCAAUAUUCCAGGAGCUACAAAGGUGGGUGUGUGGACUUACAAUAUUCAAGCAAAAACAAGCUCAGAAACAUUGACUAUAACAGUAAAUUCUCGGGCAGCAAACUCUUUUGUGCCUCCAAUCACAGUGAAUGCUAAAGUGAAUAAAGAUACAAACAGCUAUCCCAGCCCACUGAUUGUUUAUGCAGAAAUUCUACAAGGGUAUUUACCCAUUCUUGGAGCCAACGUGACUGCUUUCAUUGAAUCAAAAUUUGGAGAAACAGAAGUUUUGGAACUUUUGGAUAAUGGUGCAGGUGCUGAUUCUUUCAAGAAUGAUGGAGUCUACUCUAGAUACUUUACAACUUAUAAAGAAAAUGGCGCAUAUAACUUAAAAGUACGAGCUCAUGGAGGAGAAAAUGCCGUCACAAGGAGCUUAAGGCAUCCAAUGAAUACAGCUGCAUACAUACCAGGCUGGGUAGUAGAUGGCAACAUUGAAGGGAAUCCACCAAGACCUGAAAAUGAUGAGGACACUCAGACAAAUGUGGAGAGUUUCACCCGAACAGCAACAGGAGAUGCAUUUGUGGUUUCCAAUGUUCCACAGUCUCCCUCAUUACUUGACCUCUUCCCGCCAAGUCAAAUCACGGAUCUUGAGGCCACAUCACAUGAGAAUGAGAUCAAUCUAACGUGGACAGCACCAGGGGAUGAUUUUGAUGUUGGAAAAGUUCAACAGUAUAUCAUAAGAAUAAGUGAAAGCAUCCUGGAUCUAAGGGAUAAUUUUGAUGAUGCUCUGCAAGUAAACACUACUGCUCUGUUACCAAAAGAGGCCAAUUCCAAGGAAACCUUCACAUUCAAACCAGGAAAUAUCUCAGAGGAAAAUGAAACCCACAUAUUCAUUGCCAUUCAAAGUGUGGAUAAAAGCAAUUUGACAUCAAAAGUAUCCAACAUUGUGCAAGUAGCUUUGUUUGUUCAAGAAGAUUACACUCCUGAUGAAAUUCAUCCAGAUCCUAGUCCUGAUAAAAAUCCCCCUAAAUCCGGACUCAGCGUUUCUGCCUUGGUGUUGUUAGUGGUUGGCUCUGUGGUAAUUGUUAGUCUGAUUUUAAGCAUCACCAUUUGUAUCUUAAACAAGAGAAGAAAGCCUAGCAGACCCAGAACAGGGUUUUAAGAAUAUAUCAACAACAAAAUUAAAGGAUGUUUCAGAAUUUUUAAAUUUAUCAUGUGUGAAAAUAAUUUGAAGAAUUUUACAAGGAACCCUUAGACUAAAUAGAAACAUGCAGAGAUAUUUGAAAAAUUGUAAAUCAAUAUUAAAUUAAACAAUUUGUAUUUAUUAAUGUAUCAAAAGGUGAUAAAUAUCUUUUUCAUAUUCAUACCUGGUUACAUAUUAUCUGACACAAAACUUCUCUAUAAAAAUACAAAUUUCAUCAAGAAGUUCAAACUGUCUAUUGGAGUGGUCAAAAUACAAAUGUAAGAAGGCAAAUAAACAAUAUUUUUGAGAAA